CAUGCCAACGGCAUUUGAUGCACCUUGGCCGAGGAAUAGAGCCAAAUCACCUGCGAAUGGGCGACUUUCUGGAAUUUCUGAAUAAUAAUCAGCUACCGAAAGUGUUUGUUUUAAGUGAAGACGCAACAAGAAUCAGCGGUGGGAUUGGCUAUGAUACCAAACGAGAUCAGGUUUAUGGUUUAGUUCCGCCUUUCGACUCUGACGGUAUGCCAAUGAAAUCGUUCUUCCCUGCUUCGUCACCAAAAAAGGUUAUAGAGUACAUCAAUAAUUACUCUAUUGGACGGAAUCUUUACGUAACAAUGGCCCAGCCAUUGAAAUCUGACGCAGUAUCAUUCUGUCUAAUGUAUUCGUGUAGCGAUAACAAGUUUUCAAGUGACGAUGUGCUUCGUAGGUGGAGCUACACCGAGCAACGGUGUAUGGAUGCUGGUCUAGAUCUGGUUUGCCGAGCAUCGGAUGGCGAUCCACGAUUGAUUUCAGCAAUGCUGCGAAAAAUGUGUAUUCCGUGUGCAUAUCAAAACCCAUUUGGAGCGUGGUAUGUUGCGAAAUAUGAAACGAGUAACAUUUGCAUCCAGGACCCAACGCAUCUCUUAAAUAAGUUCCGAAUGAGAUUGAUGAAGACGGACAAACGACUGAUAUUUGGAAAGUUUCAAAUCUCCGGAGUUCAUUUGUUCGAGCUGCUGUCUCUUUCCAGAGAUCAACAUGGAUUGUUUCCUUCAGAUUUGAGUAGCACUGAUAAAAUGAAAUUCAAGCCUGUUGAAAAGAUAAUAGAGCCGAGAGUUGCCAAUGCUCUUCGAAAUAACAUUCCAGAUGCUGAAGGCACAGCCAUUUAUUUGGAUCUCAUGAGAAAACUCAGGGAUUCUUUAAUGGAGUACGAGGGUUGUCCCGAGAAAAGGCUGUUCAGUGUUUGGGUCUGUGUAUUUUUCGUCAGAGCCUGGCGGAAUUGGAGCGUUGCGAAAUUUAAGAACAUAGAGCAUUGUCUAACCACAAAUUGCUAUUGGGGCCUGGAGAUCAAUGCGCAUGCCCUGAUAAAUUUUAUCAUCCUGUGCAGGGAAAAGCAUUACGACUUCGAUAUUACUUUGUUACAAAGUCAGGAAUGUGAGAGUUUUUUCCGUACAUCUCGUUCGUUUACAUCUACUGAAUCCACCGUUGUUAACUUUGACAUGCAGUCCUUCGAAUCACGGCUACACAAAAUCGAAGCUAAGAUCGAAAUUAUGCACAAGUGCAAAGACGAUUUUCAAUUUCCACGAUUGAAAAGGGCCAAAGCAGCUGAUUCACACUUGAACCUGCCUUCCAAUUCACGGAUAGCCGAAAUCGUCAGAGAUGCAAAAAAUGAGGCAAGUCGUCUAAUCAACUUAUUCUCUAUAGAAGUUACUGAAGAACUAUUUAGAGAAUGCAUUUACUUAAGAAAACCUAAAGAAAAAUGCGAUGAGCAAGUGGGAAAAUUUGAAUUUGUGCCCUGUUACGAAGAGGUUGAAGAAAUCGAUAAUGAAGACAUUUAUGAAGCUGAUGAAAUUUUCCUCAAUACUGGCUCUGAGCUACAUGUGAGAGAUUCGAAGAAUUGUAAUGAUCGUAACACGUUCAAAAUCAGGCACAAAAACGGUAAAUUGAUACAUGUCAAAAAAUCAACGUUCAUUUGGAUGCUACAAGCGGAUUUCGAAAGAGUUUCCUCGGACAGAUUGCAGCGCUUCAGUGGAGCUGCCAAAAACGAUCAACUUGUAAUGGUUCACCUAAAUGAAACACGACAAUAUCUUAGUAUCGGGGAAUGGAUUAUGAUGGACCUCGGCAAUGGCCAUUUGUCGAUUUGUAAGGUUUAUGAGUUCACCUAUUUGAGCGGAAAAAGAAGGUCCUACACUCGAUUCACGGCACCGAUCAACGCUCCUGAGGAUGUUGAAGUGAAAGGAAUAGGUGUAAAAGGAGCAUAUUUCGAAUUGGUCCGGAUCGAUUGCGAAUAUAAAUUAGAGCUGCAUGACAAUAGCGACAUGUUAUGCAUUGCCAUCGAGAAUUAUGUAACACAUCUUGAAAGACCAGCACACGUUUCAGGAAUAAUAAUAUACAAUCAAAUGACCGCGAGAUAUAUUGAUAUGUUUUUAAACUAA